AGAACAUCAAACUCAAGUCUAGGAGUGGUCUCCAGUUAACUUAACUUAACUUCUGUUCGAGUAGCUUAGUGAGGACAAAAUCAGCGAGAGGUACACCAUGACUAGGACCAUGUUAUCUAUCAUAGUCGUUCCGCUGCUAGUCGUUGUAUCAGAUGUGAAGGUAGCAGCAGCCACUCUUAUGACGCAGGCAUACUAUAACGAUGUUGUAACCAGCACCAGAACUUUAUCCCAUUCGACGAUAGGUGUCAAAUCAAGAUUCAAGGCUCAACGAAUCCCUCAAAUUGUGGACACUUCUGUUACAUUAAGUGGUCUGCCCGAUGUCUCAGCUUUGACGUAUCGCAGACGACAAAACAUGACGGAAGGAGAUCUGCUUCAGACACACUGGGUCAACAUGUUGCUGUACCAGAAUGCAAUGCAACUUGUUGUCACUGACGAACAGAACUACUUGGGCUCCCAAUCUUUCCUUUCUGACUUUCAAAACAUUGGAGGCACCUUGAGUAGCACAGCUUCCAAAAUUUCAACAAUCAUAUAUUUAAGAAAUACUACCGGAACGUGUAUCACAUCUUCAAACGGUACCUUAGUGUUCGCAUCUGACGCCAACGAAGUUGAGCGCAACGAACGCGAUUAUUUGGUUUUGUAUGCCAUAGCCUCAUAUCUACCUGACACAUUGGCUGACUUUACAAGACUAAAAAAUUCGCUUUGA